AGCCGGAACCUAACAUUGGAAGGCGCUUUGUUUCCUCUAGAUCCUACUCAAGCAUCCAACUAGACCACUUCUAGGUAACAGUCUUGGGCCGAGCUUGUACACAUCUUACCGGAGCUGCAACCCCUCAGAUAUGGACCGCGCUUUGCACGGCCACCUUGUGCACCUUCAAUGCAUGCAGGGACGGCGGCUUCGACAUGCCAGAUAAUAGGCCCCCUCAGCGCGGAGACGGAGCUGUCCAAGAGCUCCUCAGUUCUGAGAGCAUGGCGAGAUGGCAUAUAAACUUCCUCAUCCCACUCAUUUGUAGCUCCGUCCUCUUAAGUUACACCAUAAACAGUUUCGCAUUUUCAAGCUCCCAAAAUAUCUUCCAGUCAAGUACUUCGCUCGGAUCUCCCUCAUAGCCCCACCUCGUACCAGAUGGCCGCUGUAGAUGUCCAACAGCCUGUUCAACCAGAAUCGGCGCCUUCAAUCCCUGACUAUCUCGCCGAUCCAGAUGCUGUGCUCAAAGACGUCGAGUCUGAAUGGCGAUACGGAAGGGCACCAGACUAUUCCAAGACGCGAAAGGUGUACGCAGAGACUAAACAGAUGAACCAUGUCGCUGGCAGUCUUGAAUCAAUGGUAGAGAACCUUGUCAAGAACUGGGAAGUCGAGGCAUCUUUCAAGCCUGUGCUCUCGGAUUGGCGAACAGUCGACCACAGCAAGUACACAUUCGCCAUCAAUGGAGGCCCACCUCAGACAGCCGAGCACAUGCUAAAGGUCGGAACAUACAAUGCCAUCAUCGCGCCCAACGAGUAUUACAGCCCAAACUUCUCGGACUUUGCGAGCAGUCACAAGACUUUCAAACGCAUGAUGCCGACCUUCGCAUGGGAAGUACUCGAGGUCUACAGCGGACCUCCGAAGGUCGCCUUCAAGUGGAGGCAUUGGGGAACCAUGAAGAAUGAUUAUGUCGGGUUCAAUGAGUGAGUUUGCAAUGUUGUCUCGAUGAUGAUGUGUGUGAUAAUAGGCUGACACUGGACAGCAAAGGAGAGAAGGUGACCGCCAAAGCCCAUGAAG